AUGAUUCAACAUCCUGGAAUCAAGAAUGAAACAGCAAUUAUUUUGAAAGGACUUCAGGGAACAGGUAAAAACAGAUUUACAGACAUUAUUUCUGAACUUCUCGCUGGUUAUUCAUGUAAAAACAUUACUGAAAUCGGUGAGCUAACGGGUAAUUUCAAUUCGGUAGUUGAGAAUAAAAUGUUUCUUGUACUUAAUGAACUCAAGAAUGUUGGUGAAGACAGACUCGCAAACUUCAACGCUUUGAAAUCAAUUAUAACGGAUAAUGAGAUUAGAAUUAAUGAAAAGAAUCAACCCAGAAGAACCGCUCAAAACGUUGCGAACUUCAUUUUGGUAACUAAUAACGUCUACCCUGUCAAAAUUGAAGUUGGAGACAGAAGAUAUGUAGUUUUAAGGGUUAAUGGUAAAUUUAAGGGUCAAUUUGAUUACUUCAAGAAUUUAAUGGAUUCAUGCACAAAGGAAUUUUAUGAUAAUUUACUGACGUAUUUUAUCAAUUACGACCUUUCAUCAUUUAAUGUACGAAUCAUUCCGAUGACUGAAGCCAAACAAGAUUUAAUUGAAUUAUCAACAAAUCCUUUAGAUGUAUGGAUAAAUACACAUUAUGAUGAAUUGAGUGCAGGUAUGACGUGUGAAAAUGCUCUAUUCUGCAAACCAUCAGACAUGAAAGACAAGAAUUUUCAAAUGAGUAUUAAGGAUAAAUGUGAAAGGAAACAAAGAAGAAUAGAUGAUAAACAGACAUGGUGUUAUGUUUUGAAAGAAGAAAUGAAAGGAUUAUAUAAACAGGUUGAACCAAACGAUAAUGAGGAUUCAUUUACUGAUGAUGAAAUACCUGUAAAUGAAGCUUUAUAA